AGCUGCAGCAACGUCUCCGAAGGGAGUAUUCUAUGGGCUGAGUUCCUCCAGAGGCACUGCAGAACCCAGAUUUUGUAAGACAGACUGAGAAGCUCCUCUUCAGAAAACAUUUCUGAGAACAUCUGAGAGAUUUUUCCUCUGUUUUUCAUUGUGUUUGCAACUUCUUUUAAAAAACAUGUGCACUGGAAGCUGUGCUAAGUGCCUGGGAACCACACUUAUCCCUUUGGCUGUGCUGUGUACAGUCGCUAACAUUUUGCUGUUUUUCCCUGGAGGAAAAGUGGCUGAACAGAAUGACCACAUUACAGACGAGGUUUGGUACUUCGGAGGGAUAUUGGGAUCUGGCGUGCUGAUGAUCUUUCCUGCCUUGGUGUUUUUGGGCCUUAAGAACAAUGAUUGCUGUGGAUGCUGUGGUAAUGAGAGCUGUGGAAAGAGGUUUGCGAUGUUCUCCUCUAUAAUAUUUGCUGCAGUUGGAGUUGUGGGAGCUGGGUACUGCUUUGUUGUGUCAGCAGUAGCCAUAAACAGAGGCCCGAAAUGUCACAAUGGAAUACUGUGGCUUUAUCCCUUCAAGGAUGGGGAUUACCUAAGUGACCAAAAAAUGUGGGACAUGUGUCUGUCACCUGCAAACAUUGUCCCCUGGCACCUGACCCUCUUUGCUUUGCUAUUGGUGAUGAGUGGGAUCCAGGCAGUGCUCUGUGGCAUUCAGGUUGUGAACGGACUCUUUGGAACGAUCUGUGGGGACUGCAGAUGCUGCGGAUGCUGUGGGGGAGAUGGGCCUGUCUAAGCAAUGUGAGCGGUGCAGAGAACCCUCCUCACCUUCUGAAACCACUCGGGAAAGGUUUCAGCAGCACCACCACUGCUGGGAAGAUCAGAAUGAAGGGCACUUCCCUACAUCAAGGGGGUGAAGCCCUGACUUCUUUUCAGGCACUCACGCGCCUGAAACCCCUCCUCAUGGAAUAAAAUUAGCAAAAAGUCAA